UAAAUUAUCAGAAGUGUUGAAACAGCGAAUGAAGAUGGAAGUCAAACAAGUGUUAGCAUUUUUCGCUGUAAUGGUAUUUUUAAUGCGACCCGCUGAAAAUGCUCGCAUUUUAGCCAUCAUGCCCACACCCUCUUACAGUCAUCAAAUUGUUUUUAAUCCACUUUGGUUGGCAUUAAACUCAAGAGGCCAUCACGUUACUCUUUUUACCACGGAUCCUAUAAAACAAUCGAAUCUUUCAAAUUUCAGGCAAGUAGAUUGGAGUUUUACUUAUGAACUGUGGCAUAAUAAACACAACGCUAGUGAUAUUAUAAAAAACUUUAAAAGCAACUUCCUAAAAUGCCUAAAUCAGUAUGUAGAAAUGAUGAGCGACAUAUUUAUUCAAGAAUUAGAACACCCACAAGUGCAAGAAAUUAUGAAUGACACAAACGAACAUUUUGAUUUAGUGAUAGCGGAAUUUUUGAACCCAGUGAUGAUUGCGUUUAGUAGAAUAUUUAAGUGUCCGUUUAUUGGUGUAUCUCCAAUGGAUGUUACAAAUUUUGUUCAUGAAGCUCUAAACAAUCCGAUUUCGCCAGCUUUAUUUCCCGAUUUUUUAACGGAAUUUGACAAUGAAAUGACUUUUUUUGAGCGAAUUAUUAACACUUUUUACUAUUUGGGAAAUAAACUGUACUUUAAAUACUACUUUUAUCCGAAAAUGGAUAAUAUUAUAAGAAAAUUCUUUGGAGAAAAUACACCUUCUUUAGAGGAAAUGCAGCGUGAUGUAAGCAUGGUUUUUAUUAAUACUAACCCAAUACUACACAACAUACGUCCUUUAAUGAGCAACGUUUUGAUGCUAGGUGGUGGGACACAUAUCGAAAGUAAUGUUUCGCUGACAGCAGAUGUUCAAAAAUUCUUAAACGAUGCAAAAACGGGAGCAAUAUAUUUCAGCUUAGGAACUAAUGUAAAGAGCAGGGAUUUAUCAGCUAAAACACAGUUAGUUUUCCUAGAAGCUUUUUCUGAGUUACCAUAUAAAGUGCUAUGGAAGUUUGAAAACAAUAUUUCAACUGCUUCAAAUGUAAUGAUAAAGGAUUGGCUACCUCAGCAGCAAAUUUUAGGGCACCCGAAUAUGAAACUAUUUAUUACUCAAGGAGGUCUUCAGUCACUGGAAGAGGCAAUUUACAAUGCUGUACCUAUUAUCGCCAUGCCAGUAUUUGUAGAUCAGUACUCUAACAUAAGAAAAGUAAUACGUAAUGGUAUGGGGCUAAAACUUGAUUAUGACAAUGUAGAAAAAAGUGUACUAAAGAACGCCAUCCAUGAAGUUAUUUCUAACCCAAGGUACAAAACGGCCGCAAUUAAGUUAUCUGCCGUGUUGAAAGAGCAGCCUAUAUCUGGAAUAACUGAAGCAGUUUGGUGGACGGAAUACGUUUUGAAAUAUAAUGGAGCAAAAUUCUUAAAACACUCCGAAAUUCCUUUAUAUCAGUAUUUAAUGCUGGAUCUGUUGGCUUUCUUUUUCCUAACAACAAUUUUACUUACCUUUCUAUCUUAUAAGUUCAUCAAAUAUGUCACUUUACUUAUAAAAAGAAAACGUAUAGGAGGUAAAGUAAUUAAAUUAGAAUAAAUCAGUUGCAGGUGUUUUGUAAAUAAUAUUCGUUAUAACAAUAAAAAGCUUACACUGUAAUAAAUGCAAA